AUGAUAAGUUCACGAAACACAUUUCUAUUGAUUUUAAUAUGUAUUCUAUCAUCAAUAACAAGUAGCAUCUCUGAGAAUGUUGUCGACGACGUUGUAGACACUAACAAACUUAACAAUUCAACUACUACUGGUCAAACAACUGAAAAUCCAGUACCACGUUGGGCAGGUUUUGUUGGAUGUCUUGUAGCAUCAAUUUUUUUCGGAUCCAACUUAUUACCCGUAAAACAAUUUUCAGCUGGUGAUGGAUUUUUUUUUCAAUUUAUAUUCUGUGUUGCUGUUUGGGUUGUGGGUCUUGUACUUGAUCUUAUUUUGGGUAAUCAACGUUUCUAUCCACUUGUACUUCUUGGAGGUGUACUCUGGACAACAGGAAAUCUUGUUACAGUAUUUUGUAUAAAGACUUGUGGACUUGCUGUUGGUUUACUGAUAUGGGGAACAACAAGUUUAAUUACGGGUUGGGCAGGUGGUCGUUUUGGUAUUUUUGGUAUUCAACCACAAGUACCAAAAGGUUCAGCCAAAUUAGCAAUGAAUUAUGCAUCAGUUAUAUUAGCUGCGCUUAGUGGAGUAUUUUUUCUUUUUAUUAAAUCAACAACAGCACCAAGAGCUGUUAAAAGUUCCAAUGUAGAUGAUGAUCGAUCAUCAAUUGAAUUAGAAAAGGCUGAAAGUACCAAUGCUGAAGAGAGCGUAGAUCUUGAAACUGAUUUUCCAUUUCUUAAUCGAUUAAGUGACAGAGUACAACAAAUAGUAGGUUGUGUUUUAGCUAGUGCUGCUGGAAUAUUUUAUGGAGUAAUGUUUAUUCCUGAUCAAUAUAUACGUGAUCAUGCAGAAAAUUAUAAACAUAAUGAUGAAUUACCACCUAAUAAUGGUCUUUAUUAUAUUAAUUCACAAUAUUCAGGUGUUCUUCUUUCAUCUUUAUUUUAUUUUAUUAUAUAUGCAGCAUUCAAACGUAAUAAACCAUCUAUUUAUCCAUCUAUUGCGUUACCAGCUAUGGUUAGUGGUACUAUGUGGGGAAUAGCAAAUAUUGGUUUCAUUGUUGCCAUUAGUGCAUUAAAAAAUGCAGUCGCUUAUCCAAUUGUUAAUGUUCUACCGGGUAUUGUAACUUCAUUAUGGUCAUUAUUUUUAUUUCGAGAAAUUCAAGGAAAAAAAAAUUAUAUAUUUCUUGGUAUUGGUAUGCUUAUUCGAAUUCUUGCCGCUAUUCUUAGUGGUCUUUCAGCAUAA